AUGCAGAGAAAUGAAAAUAGAAGGGAAAGAAAAAAUGAAAAGAGUUGGCGAAACAAAGAGGGGAGCAAAACAGAAAUAAAAAUAGGGACCUGGAAUGUAAGAGGACUAAACCAAGUAGGAGCUAUGAAACAGCUUAUAAGUGAAAUUAGGAAACAAAAGUUUGAGAUUGUAGCCCUACAAGAAACAAAACAAAAGGAAAGUGUAAUGAUGGAGAUAGAAAAAUAUGCAUUCCUAAAUAGUGGAGGGGACAACAGAGUUUUAGGAACAGGUUUCCUAGUUAGUCCAGAAAUAAAAAGUUUAAUAAUGAAAUUUAAACCAGUGUCGGAUCGAUUAUGUUAUUUAAGAAUCAGAGGAAAAUUUCAAAACAUUAGCCUCAUCAAUAUACAUGCGCCGACAGAAGAGGCCGAUCUAGAGAGUAAAGAAGCCUUCUAUGAAAAGCUACAAAAAGAAUACGACGAAAUUCCAAGAUAUGACUUGAAAAUAGUACUGGGAGAUGCAAAUGCAAAAAUAGGAAAAGAGGAAAUAUACAAACAAGCUAUAGGAAAACACAGUAAACACGACAAAACAUCGGAUAACGGUCAGAUGCUGGUGGAUUUUGCGAUGGAGAAGAAUAUGAGAAUAAAAAGUACAUGCUUCAAAAAGAAAGAAAUACAUAAAGGUACGUGGAGAGCUCCAAAUGGUGAUUACACAAAUCAGAUAGACCAUGUGUUAGUGGAAAGAGAAGAUGAAAGAAAUAUAACAGACAUCAGAUCGUACAGAGGAAUAGAUAUAGACUCAGACCAUUUCAUGGUGGGAAUAAAAGUGAGACAAACAAUACCGGAAAAAAAAUGA